GUCUUAAAAGUCCAAAUUAACUGAAACUCAGGACUCUUCUCUCUAUAUAUAACUCCUACCUUCCCGCAUACCUUCUUAUGUCUGCAACAUCCAUUUUACUCUCUCACUCUCUCUCUCAAAGCUCCUCAGUCCACGAUAAUUUCUUCCCCUUCUUACUUGCGAGCUCUCUUUCUGACAUAGAGUUCUGACUGCAUCCCAUUCACAAAGUCUCUCUGCCGCCAUGAAAGCAGUUGCUCCUUCUGAGAAAGAUGUCGACAACAGUACUACCGAGUUAACGAAGUCUGAUAGAGAAAGAGCUAUUGAUGAUUGGCUUCCAAUCACAUCUUCAAGAAAUGCAAAAUGGUGGUACUCUGCCUUCCACAAUGUCACGGCUAUGGUUGGAGCUGGAGUGCUCAGCUUGCCUUAUGCCAUGUCUGAGCUUGGAUGGGGUCCUGGGGUUGCAGUUUUAGUGCUGUCUUGGGUCAUCACUCUAUUCACAUUAUGGCAGAUGGUUGAGAUGCAUGAGAUGGUGCCUGGAAAAAGAUUUGAUAGAUACCAUGAGCUUGGUCAAUAUGCUUUUGGAGAAAAACUUGGAUUAUGGAUAGUAGUUCCUCAGCAGCUCAUUUGUGAAGUUGGUGUUUGUAUUGUUUAUAUGGUAACUGGAGGCAAAUCUCUCAAAAAAUUUCAUGAUACUGUAUGUCUUGAUUGUAAGAACAUCAAGCUUUCCUACUUCAUCAUGAUUUUCGCCUCCGUUCACUUUGUCCUCUCCCAACUACCUAACUUCAACUCCAUCUCUGGUGUCUCUCUUGCCGCUGCUGUUAUGUCCCUAAGCUACUCCACCAUUGCAUGGGGAGCAUCAGCUCACAAGGGGAAACAAGAAGGGGUUGAAUAUGGAUACAAAGCUCACAGCACUGCUGGGACUGUAUUCAACUUCUUCAGUGCAUUAGGCGACGUGGCCUUUGCCUAUGCAGGUCAUAACGUGGUACUUGAAAUCCAAGCAACCAUUCCUUCUACUCCAGAAAAGCCUUCAAAGAAACCAAUGUGGAAAGGUGUUGUUGUUGCCUAUAUCGUAGUGGCUCUCUGCUACUUCCCUGUAGCUCUAGUUGGAUACUGGGCAUUCGGCAACUCAGUUGAGGAUAACAUACUUCUCAGUCUAGUGAAACCUCGCUGGUUGAUAGCCAUGGCUAAUAUGUUUGUUGUUGUUCAUGUCAUUGGAAGCUAUCAGAUUUAUGCCAUGCCUGUGUUCGACAUGAUCGAAACUGUGCUAGUUAAGAAACUCUUUUUCCCUCCAGGCCUUCCUCUUCGCUUGAUUGCUCGAAGUGUUUAUGUUGCUGUCACAAUGUUUAUUGGUAUAACCUUUCCUUUCUUCGGUGCCCUCCUUGGAUUCUUCGGAGGCUUUGCUUUUUCCCCAACAACAUACUUUCUUCCCUGUGUCAUGUGGCUUGCUAUCUACAAGCCUAAGAAGUUCAGUUUGUCAUGGAUAAUCAACUGGAUUUGUAUUAUGCUGGGAGUUUUGUUGAUGGUCUUCUCACCAAUCGGAGGUUUAAGGCAGAUCAUACUCCAGGCAAAGACUUACAAGUUUUACUCUUAAGCUACUACAGAUCAAAAAGUAACGAAAAGUCAAUAAGAUGAAGAAGAUUUCUAGUCCACUACGUUGUUGUUCUACAUUUUUCUGAAGUUUGUUUGCUUGCUUGAUUGUGAAUUGUCUUUCUUGAUCAAUGAAGAAUGUUGGGAUGCUUUGUUGGGAGAAGGAUACUUAAAAAGAUUAUGGCUAUCUUUGAAUUGUUAUCAACAAAAACUUUCUAUUUAUUGAAAUUGUUGAUUUUUUUUUUAA